GAGCGGACGGUUCCUACUGCGGCUGGGCACCGGCUCCGCUCCCGCGUCGGCCCGCGCUCCAGCUGCGCCCGGCCUCAUCCCCAGCCCGGCUCGGCCCGGCCCUGGUCUCCGAGCGAAGGCGCCGCUGCCGCCUGCGCCGCUCUCAGGGCCAUGAGGAGGCGGCGGCAGCCACUGCGGCCCGCGUCAAGGUGACCGGCCGGGACUGCGGCGGCGGCGGCAGCGACAAGACCGGGCGUGGCUACUCUUUGGAAAAGACGUGCUGGGGCGGUUUAUCCCAUUGGCCUGGGAUGGUGAAGCACAAUGUGUACUCCUGGACUUCUCCAGACAGGUUAUGUCACCGACAGAGGCUGCCCUGAAGCUCCCUGUGGCCCGGAGACUAUGUACAAGAGGAAUGGUCUGAUGGCUAGCGUGUUGGUCACCUCUGCCACUCCACAGGGCAGCAGCAGCUCCGACUCGCUGGAGGGCCAGAGCUGCGACUAUGCCAGCAAGAGCUACGAUGCCGUUGUCUUCGAUGUCCUGAAAGUGACUCCUGAGGAGUUUGCUAGCCAGAUCACAUUAAUGGACAUACCCGUGUUUAAAGCCAUCCAGCCGGAGGAACUAGCCAGCUGUGGAUGGAGUAAGAAGGAGAAACAUAGUCUCGCCCCAAAUGUUGUGGCCUUUACCCGGAGGUUCAACCAGGUCAGUUUUUGGGUUGUACGAGAAAUUCUAACAGCACAGACUUUAAAAAUAAGGGCAGAAAUCCUGAGCCAUUUUGUGAAAAUAGCCAAGAAACUUCUAGAACUCAACAACCUUCAUUCUCUCAUGUCUGUGGUGUCAGCAUUACAAAGUGCACCCAUCUUCAGGCUGACAAAAACCUGGGCUCUUUUGAAUAGAAAAGACAAGACCACCUUUGAGAAAUUGGACUAUCUGAUGUCUAAAGAAGAUAAUUACAAGCGGACUCGGGACUAUAUCCGAAGCCUGAAGAUGGUUCCCAGUAUUCCUUAUCUAGGGAUCUAUCUUCUGGAUCUAAUCUACAUCGAUUCUGCAUAUCCUGCCUCGGGCAGCAUCAUGGAAAACGAACAAAGAUCCAAUCAGAUGAACAAUAUUCUCCGAAUAAUCGCUGAUUUACAAGUUUCCUGCAGCUAUGAUCACCUCACAACCCUGCCCCAUGUGCAAAAGUACCUGAAGUCCGUACGCUACAUCGAAGAGCUCCAGAAAUUUGUGGAAGACGACAACUACAAACUGUCGCUCAGAAUUGAACCAGGAAGCAGCUCUCCGAGACUAGUCUCUUCCAAAGAAGAUCUUGCAGGCCCCUCCACCAGCUUCAGUGCUGCCAGGUUCAGCCGGCGACCCACCUGUCCUGACGCAUCCGUUGCUGGCAGCCUCCCCACACCCCCCGUCCCGAGACACAGGAAGAGCCACAGCCUGGGCAACAAUAUGAUGUGUCAGUUGAGUGUAGUUGAGAGUAAAAGUGCGACAUUCCCAUCGGAGAAAGCGAGGCACCUGCUGGAUGACAGUGUCCUAGAGUCUCGCAGCCCCCGCAGGGGCCUCGCCCUCACCUCCUCCUCUGCCGUCACCAAUGGACUCUCCCUAGGCAGUAGUGAGAGCUCAGAGUUUAGUGAAGAGAUGUCUUCAGGGCUGGAAAGGGGACGGCUCUAUGCCACGCUGGGGCCCAACUGGCGGGUUCCAGUUCGGAAUUCUCCCAGAACCCGGAGCUGCGUCUACAGCCCCACCGGCCCAUGCACCUGUACGCUGGGGAGCUCAGCAGCAGUGCCCACCAUGGAGGGGCCUCUGAGAAGGAAGACUCUGCUCAAGGAAGGACGGAAGCCCGCGAUGUCGUCGUGGACCAGAUACUGGGUCACACUCUCAGGAGCCACCCUCCUGUACUACAGAGCCAAGUCCUUGCGGGGCACAGACAGAAAACACUAUAAAUCCACACCUGGCAAGAAGGUCUCCGUCGUGGGCUGGAUGGUGCAGCUGCCUGACGACCCCGAGCACCCGGAUAUCUUCCAGCUGAAUAACCCUGACAAAGGCAAUGUUUACAAGUUCCAGACUGGUUCCCGGUUCCAUGCAAUACUGUGGCACAAGCAUUUGGAUGAUGCAUGUAAAAGCAACAGGCCUCAGGUACCUGCAAACCUUAUGUCAUUUGAAUAAGUCUCUGCAGGACGUGGCAUGACUUCAGAGGCUUCUGGGAGCCCGGCCUGGAACUAGUGGAGACGCGCAGGUCCUGGGCACAGGCCGUUGGCCAGGGUGCUGGGAGACUCACAGCCGGACCCAGGGGGCCGUGGCCUGUGGCCUCACAGUCCAGAGGGCCCGCCGGUGCAGGCCGUACCACCAAUCCCCAGCGACUGUCAUGACUCAUUCUACAGCAACACCCGCCCUCCCUCUCUGGGCCCUCGUGCAUCCACCAGCUGCUGCUGUGACUAGAGAGCAUUCAGCCCACGUCGGGUCCCCAGUGCUCUCUCCUGCACGAAAGAGUGGACAGUGUUAAGCUGUGUGGGGGACCAGAGAGAAGGCACAGGCUGUGAACUGGCUUUUUACACCCCAAGUGCGUGGGGUUGCUUGCCUGCAGGGCAGCCUCAGAUUUUGUACAACCCCCAAAGCGUCCUCUGCGUGUACGUGCCGUAUACGUGUGCUUGCGAGCGGCGAGCGAGUGUGAACUCUUCGAGAAACAUGCAUUUUGGCACAAGACUCGUGACAUCACACACUUCAUUGGCUUUGAGGCCCUGCUUUCACCUGAAGUGACAGCCUUGUCACCCAGGAAGGUCAGAGUGAGAGCCCAGAUCCCUCCUGUUUUACUGUAAACAAACAAUGCCUUAAAUUGUGUCUUGUUUUCUGUUCCUAUGGGUGCUACUCAUCUGGACGGCUGCUCCCUGGGCCCGGGUCCCUUCCAGGCCUUGUUGCUGUCGGCUCUUCUGAGACAGGCUUCAGGACGGGGCUUGGGGGGGCGCUGGGCCCCUGGCCUGCUUGCUUCCUCCCAGCCCCUCUCCCGUGGCCUGAGGCCCUUCUCUUCUCACCGCCCUCCCCACAGGCCAGAAUGGGAAGUUGUGAUGCUUUCCCCAGCUUCUCAGAAGCAGCUUGGAGGCCCCCAUGCUCACGGCACACGGUUGCACCACCCUCUUCCCGCAGGCCAGGCUUCUGCUCCCAUCAUCUCCCCCCUUUGCCUCCACUGCCAGGCCAGCGCCCACUGGGGUUCCUGAUUACACCGGGGAGCUGAGUGACACUGAGGCCUUAAGCUCCCUCUUCUUGCCCCCGAACCCAGUCACCAGCAAGUUUUCCGUCAUCCAAAUCCAAGGGCACAAUUGUUGAUGACCACGGUGACAAGAAAGCAAUGCCCUGGGAGGGAACAGCCCACGUCCUGCAUUCAGUUACGAGCUCUUCACACGAACAACGUCCUUUUCUGUUACUGUCAUAUUUUAAGUGACUUUUAUUUUGCACAAAUACAUUUUUAUUCAAAAUAAGGAAUAAAAAUUCACUGCAUUUGUGGUAGCUUUAUCACCAUAGCUCCCUCCCUCCCCAAUCUCUCUCUCAUCUGGGUGCCCUAAUUCUAAGAAGGAAACCUUAAAAUGAGUUUUUGAAAGAAGCUGAAUUUCUGGGUCCGUGUUGCUAUCAUGGUUUCAUGGCUCACACCGAUCAGACAUCAAACUACCCCUAACAGUUUCCGGGCAAGAUGUUUCAAAACAACAUCUUAACCGGUGAACUGUGAUAGGUCAGAUAAAACGCGACUAAAGGACCCACCACUGUAUUUUGAUCAAAUGGUGACAACUUUUCUAAAACCUUGAAUGAAUUGGUGAGGAAAGUUGUCAUCAGGAUCUUAUUUUGUGGUUGAGCUUUACUGUGUGUGCUCAAUAACUACCCCUGCUCUGGAGCAAGUUCUAGAAUGCUCUCAUGCCAGGAGAAACUCCAGAUGGUAAAGUGGAUGCCCUCAAACACUGGCCAUUGGUACUUUGCAUACCCGCCUGCAGCCGGGGUCUGGAUGCGGGCAUCUGAUUCAUACCAACGACUCUUCAAAUUAGCCUCUGGAGGCUGAAUGAAAAUACCACACUCCAAACGCCUCUCACCAGACCUGUGCAGUGCGAAUGCUCUGACUUACAUUCCAUCUGAUUCUACCUGUUAGUUUUUAAGUCUUAAGUUUGGAGGAACGUGCAGCAGUGGAACAUCACCUACUUAUUUUGCUUGUGCUUCUCCACUCUUUGACUGUUCUGGUUUUUCUCACAUGAAAUAUUAUGGAUGUCUAUCCAAAAACCUCCGAAUUUCAGGCUCCACUUAAUCAGAUGAGGUUCUGCCCUCUAAAAAAUGUUUGUCUCUUUCACAAAUUAGGUUCUCUUCUGAGUCUAAUUUGAGACAGCACAUUUGCCGUUCUUUUCAAAGUGUUUAGUCUUUUCACUAAUUGAAAAGGAUCCCACACCACCUCCUAGAAACCUUCUUACCUUGGACUCUUGAAGAAUCUGUUCAGACCUCAUUGGCAAAACCCCCGUAGAACUGGUAAGCACCUCAAAGGGACCAGAGGAGUCCUGAGACAGGGGCUUGGGGCCGAGCAAGUGAAUGAAGUUCAGGUUGUCUACUCAGUGUUGGCUUGUCCCUCAAGCUGCAAGGCAGGGACGGAGGGGCCAGGCACAGACCCCAGAGGGGGAGUCCAUGGGAGGAUGCUCCCCCUGGAGGGAAGUGUUUCUGCUUUUUUCUCCUUGACGAUCCACAGUGCACAAACGUUUGUGACACCAUUGAAGGUACAUGUCUUGCAUGCAUAUGCUAUCUUUUUUUUCUUCAAGCAAACAGAUCACGGCACCCCAAAAGGAAAGUUAUAGAAUGCUGUCUACAAACUGGAGUAGGUAGCUGGUGCCCCAAGAACAGCUCCCUCACCUCUUCCUGGGAGUAAUUCUCACCACUUUGAGUUGAACGUGUUUUAUAAUUCAUGAUCAGCCGAGUGCAUUCUGACAAAGGAAAUACUUCCCGAAGGAUUUGUUUGAUGGAGGACAGUAGAAAUACUGUUCUGAGUAUGCCCAGUGAGGGAGUGUGGCCUUUCUCUUCCCUGAAGAAGCCCAUUCAUCACGCUGUCCUACUGUGGAAUUGAAAGAGGAGGAUACUUGAAGGGAUUCUGUUUGGGAAAGAACCCGCUCUCUCUUGCCAACUGAAUUUAUAAAGCAUUUUUUUCUUGCCAAGAUGGCCAGUAUUUCUUUCAUCAUCUUCCUCCCAACACCUGUAUUUUUUAGGAUGCCAUUUUACAGGUGGAAAAAGGUCCAUGAAAAUGGGAAGCCAUCGGCAAGCAGGGUCUGCUUUCAUUCCACAAGUGGAGUCUAGAGCUCCCACCCACGUUACUGAUGCUUAUAACCAGGAGAACGUUGCCAAAAACACAACCUAACUUAUUUUCAGUGACUCCAUCAAUGAUUUUAAUCAGUCCCACGUCCUACUGGCAUGUUAGGUGAUUAAAAUGUUUAAAAAAGAAAAAAAAAACACCACAAGUACAAGAGUCCCUUUGAAAGAACAGAUUCUCUGCGCAUAACCACCUAUGCAUUCAUCUGCCUCUCCAGUGAGUGCUUCCUGUGAGCCAGGCUCUACCCCGAUACAAAUGGCUGAGGACAAAACACCUGAGGGCUGCCCUGGACGAGCUGACCACUCAAUGAAGAAAUAGUUCUCACGCUGCAUCUCCUCUGGCAAGUCCCUGCCUCUCUCCCAGCAACAAGUACGACCCUGUGCAGCUGCCACCAGGAAGGUUUCCAAAGGCUGCACAGAUGAAAGAGCCUCAUGCCCUGCCAGUUCAGUGGCAGUGAGGACGAGAUGGUCCCAGAGGCUGGUUGGCCAAGAACCGGCAGGCGCAGAGCCCUGCUUGGGAACGCGUAGGACUCCAAGGUGGAAAGAGAGCAGGGUCCUAAUGUUGGCAGUAUUUACUUCCGAGGCCUUUUGGGCUUACUUUCAGUGUUCAAUGCAGCGUGAGUGAGAGCUGCAUUUUCUUGGGUGUGGAGAACGUGGAACUUCCCAUGGACCGCCUCGCAGCCCUGCCUUCUGCGUGCGAGUGUACUGUCCGUUCUAUAACCAUUGUCUCUUUACCCAUUUCUGAACAACUGUGACCCUUCAGUAAUGAAACAAUAGUAAUUAAUUUAUUAGUAUGGUAUAAUCUUUAAUAAAUUUCGUGCCAAAAUGCAUGGUUUUUCACUUAGCAUUCAAAACGUUGUGUAGAGAGUAGUUUUCAAUUUCUUAUGUAUUCAAAGUAAAUUGGAAAUCAGUUUCUACAUUUUAAUUCCUUUCUUGUUAAUCUGUUGCAUUCUCCUGGACUGUCUUUUUUUCCAGCAGACCCCCUGCAUGCAGUUGUGUAAGGACUUUCUCUAAUUCCUAUAAAGUGUCUCAUUUGCAAUAACCACUGGACAUCAGCCCUCCGGGGAUUCUUUAGAUUUUGGGUGAAGUAUUUUGUUACCUCAGUCUUGUAUCAAGUUGCUGUAUUUUUCAGCUUGUUACACUGAUAAUAAUUGUUUCACUAAUUAAAUACUUUAAUGUACAAACAUCUUUGUUUACUUUGA